AAAACAAUCCUGGAAAGAAAGGCAAUUUCGUAGUUGCAUUGAUUCGGAUUUUAAUUUUAAAAAGCAUGUUAAAAAUAACUUUUAUUAAAAAAAAGCCAAAGUAGUUAAGCAGAAUACAUAACCAGAUUGCCUUUGAAUAACGUAGUUAUUGUCGUUUUAACAUGGGUUGGAAGACCAUCGUGGCACUUGCGAAUUUGACGAUAUUUACAUAACCGGAAACAGACAAACUGAAAGUUGUUGUACAAUAAGAUAUCUUGAAAUAAAAUUAUGUGUUUGGAAAGCUUAAUUUUUUUGUAAAAAGUGUAAAAAUAUAUAAAUUUCAUUUGCUUGAUUUUUCCUCAAAAUAGGGACCAAAAAACGAUGGCUGAACAGGCUGCAACUAGCUCAUGUUAUGAGGUCGUUGUAAAGGAAGAGUUAAUCAUUGAGGAUGAGCUGGAUCUACAUGAUGAAGGUGAACAUUCGAUUGUCCAUGAGGAGUUGAUCAUCAAGGAUGAGCUGGAUCAGCCGGAAGAACAAGAGGAAGAAACUGUUGAAGAUUUGACCCCAGCGGAGAGUAAGGUUCCACUAUUUGCUUGCAACAUUUGUCAUGAAGCAUUUGAACACACUUAUGAGCUUGCAAGACACAUCAAAGCUCAUAAAUAUGAGUCCAAUCAGCAGAAAGACUUUCACUGUGAAUUUUGUGGAAAAGUGUUUGAAAUGAGAACGAUCUACAACAAGCAUUUGAGGCGGCAUAGACCGCAUACGUUCAAGUGCCAGCUUUGUCCAAAGACUUUUCCAGAAAAUUGUAACUUGACACGGCACCUUAAACUAAAUCAUAACAUUCAAACACCAACCGUGAAGGUGGAGCGCGUUAACCAGAGUGAGAUAGAUCCUACCCGUUACUGUGAGCAAUGCAACCAAACCUUCAAAACGAGACAGAAUUGCGACAAUCAUAAGAGGAAGCACAAAAGCGUCGAAGAAGGACGUUUUAAGUGUAUUCCUUGUGGGAAAUCCUUCAGCAAUCACUUCGCCUUGGUUCUCCACAAGAAAAGUGCUCCUCACAAGAAGAUGGUAGAGCCGAAGAAGGACGUCGAGUUUCACUGCACUGUCUGUGAUAAGGUGUUCCAAGCGAAAGUACAAUUCACCAAGCAUCUGAAGCGGCACAGGCCACGGAACUUUCACUGCAGUCACUGUCCAAAAUCUUUUCCAGUCAAUUGCGAUCUGACACGACAUCUGCGACUCGUGCACAAGGUGUCGAAUCCGGCUUUGGGUGGAUCAAAUGAUGCAAGGCAGGACGAGCCAACCAGCCAGUCGGAAAAUCUUGUAAAGGAAGAGCUCGAAGAUGGGUCGAGUUCUCUGGAUGAGGGUGAAGAACUGCUUGCGGAAAUGGCCCAACCAUGCGAGGAAUGUAAUUAAGUUUAUCAUCCUUCU